CAGAUAUUUCUCUAGAGGAUGGAAGAAUCGAGAAAUCGAUCAGAAAUCCGAACGAAACCGAGAGUCCUUUGCCUCCAUGGAUUCCGGAGCAGUAGUAAAGAAUUCGAGGAAAGGAUCAGGUCACGGUGGCCGGAAAAGGUCAUCGGAGAGCUAGAUUUGGUGUUUGUGGACGCACCUUUCGCCGCCGCUGACGGCGAGUCUGGUGCUGAUGCCGCCGGUUAUGAGUGGUUUCAACCUAACAGGGACUUCAGUGAAUUCUACAAAUUUGAAGAAUGCCUUGAUUUUCUAGAACAAUACAUGACGAAACAUGGACCGUUCGAUGGCAUUCUAGGAUUCUCACAGGGAGCAUUUUUAGCAGCAUCCUUGCCUGGCAUCCGAAAGAACAGAGCGACCUUUGCCAAAAUUCCUAGUAUUAAAUUCUUUAUACUAAUUUCUGCUGGGAAAUUCGGAUAUGGUCGGUUUGGGGUACCCAAACCCGCUACUAAUGCAUAUGAUUCUCCCAUCGAGUGUCCGUCCCUCCACAUUAUUGGCGAAAGUGAUGUUCAUGUCCCGAAGGAUGAGAGCGAAGCUUUGUUGUACUAUUUUAUCGAUCCUACUGUGAUUUACCACCCGGAAGGGCAUGUAAUACCACAAUUGUCAGGAGAAAGUAUACUCAAAACAACGUUGGAGUUCAUUCAAAAGAUUAAGAAACUUCCAUUGGGUAAGGAAGGGUAAAUAAAUUAUGAGGUUAAAAAGUUAUUUUAUGUAAUAUAUUUGUGUUAAAUUAUAAAAAUAUUUGUAAUUCGAAUAUAUAAACUAUGAGUUUAAUAAGUGUUUUUUUUAUUUA